AUGUCUCCCGCCAUUGCUCAAGCCGGUGCUGGCUCCGCCUCCAAGGAUGUCAAGAAGGAAUCCGCAACUGCUCGUCUGUUGGGUUCUGGAUCCGCUGGUAUUGCGGAGCUUUUGGUCUUCCAUCCGGUCGACACCACCGCCAAGCGUUUGAUGAGCAACCAGACCCGGAUCACGAACGCCGCCGGCUUCAACAAGGUUGUUUUCAAGGAAUAUGCGACGGCUUCCGUCGGUCGCAAAUUCACCUCCCUCUUCCCCGGUCUGGGAUACGCUGCCGGUUACAAGGUUCUCCAACGUAUCUACAAGUAUGGCGGUCAGCCUUUCGCCCGUGACUACUUGGCUAAGCACCAUGGCGCCGACUUUGACAAUGCUUUCGGAAAGGGAACUGGCAAGGCCAUCAUGCACGCCACUGCCGGAAGUUUGAUCGGUAUUGGAGAAAUCGUUCUUCUUCCUCUCGAUGUGCUGAAGAUCAAGCGUCAGACAAACCCCGAGGCUUUCCGCGGCCGUGGUUUGUUCAAGAUCAUCUCCGAUGAGGGCAUGGGUCUUUACCGUGGUGCCGGCUGGACUGCCGCCCGUAACGCCCCCGGUUCUUUUGCGCUUUUCGGUGGCUCGGCUUUCGCUAAGGAAUACAUCUACAGCCUGAAGGACUACAACUCGGCCACCUGGGGACAGAACUUUGUCGCCUCGAUCUGCGGUGCCAGUGCUUCCCUGGUCGUAUCGGCUCCUCUUGAUGUGAUCAAGACCCGUAUCCAGAACCGUAACUUCGAGAACCCCGAAUCCGGCUUCCGUAUUGUGUCCAAGAUGCUCAAGGACGAGGGCCCUACCAGCUUCUUCAAGGGACUGACACCCAAGCUGCUGAUGACCGGACCCAAGCUUGUUUUCAGCUUCUGGCUGGCUCAGACGUUGAUUCCUGCCUUCGGUCAGGUGGUUUAA